AUGACACACUCUAUUUUGGAUUUAUGCAAGCCGCACGAACAUGUUGCACCUAUUGAAGACAACGAAGACCAUGAAAAGCCUGCUUACGACACGACAACUCUUGUACAUGAGGCCCUUGAAUCAGCUCUGUCAAAUCUGGAUCGACGCGUUUUGACAAUGUCAAACGGCGUGAAUCUCGACGCUCCUUUUCGCGAUGCCGAUAUGAUACGGGGGUCCCGGUCUGAUUUGGCACUUGCUUAUGUAUACGCAGCCACCAUUUACAGCCAACAAGGGAAACAGCGUCAUGUCAUCGAUAUCUGUGACCAUGGGCUUCGUGAUGUUGACACCAAGGAUACGCAUUAUGCUAUGCUACAACGACUCCGACAGGAUGCUGUGCAACGUGAGAACAUACGCAUUGACCCAAUCAAGCAACUGCCUUAUGAGAUUCUGUCAACAUCGCUCAUUCGCAUUAUUAUGGAGGAUGGUGAACCUUUGGAUUCAUCGAUACCGUGCCCGUAUUUGUAUGUGUCAAAAGAAUGGCGUGAGUGUAUUAUCCAAUGCCUUGGCGGAUUACGUUUUCGGACUGGACACCGGCAAAUGGAAAAUCUUGAACAGUGGUCGCAAAUCAGCAUUUUCGCUCGGCAUAUCAAGUCUUUGUGUAUUUCGUACUAUUGCAGAGACUCAUGGCUUUGUGAUUUGCUGCGUGGUAACGACUUUUGCAUGCUUCAAGAGUUAAUCAUUGAGAAAGAUCAUUGUAUCAUGUUCGUGGAUGACUUUUUUUUGUCAUUGUCUUCAGUCGGCGGCGUUUUGACUCAUUUGCGAACGGAUGACAUCUAUGAGCAGCCAAAGAGGAGCGAUUCACCAUUUUUACGAGUACUUUUGACCUGCCCGAAUCUUGUUUCACUCGCAAUACUCCAGCGCGAUGACAACUAUCUCACCCAACUACCGAAGAUGACAUGGCCCAAAGUGACGACAUUGGCGAUUGUGAAUGCAGUUGAUGUUUUUGGCUAUGAUGAGAUAAAAGCAAUGUGUGAGCGUUUUCCAUCUCUCAAACAGCUUACGAUUGAUUCAUGCCCUGAUCUGCAAUCGACAUCGAUCAUCCACCAAUAUUACCCAUCCAUGAGAAGCCUCCACGUUACGGGUAAAUUCCCUCAUGUUGUUCUUCGCUACUCUGAUCAAGGACCUCAAUGUGAUGAACCAGGGAUAACGGAUCUUGUGAUUUGCAUGGAUAAAUGGAAUCGUCUCUUACCUGAUCCCGAGCUCAGUUUGCUAUUCAAGCAGCAUCAUCAGACACUUGAAAGUAUCAAAUUGGAGAUACAUACCGCCUUUGACGACGCAAGCAUCUACGACAUCCAAUACCCACGCCUCAAAAAGCUACAUCUCGAUGAGUCUGGAUGGUGGAUACCUCGCAAUGCACCCAUGCUAGAAGAACUAUGCAUCACAUCUACAACAUUCAACACGCACCCUGUAGUGCUUGAUACAAUACCACCCAAAUUGAAGCAGCUGAAAUUGGUACUUGGUGAUGGAUCUCAGCUUGACAACAAAUCGCCCAUCGAAGGAUACCUCCAUCGCUAUGUUGAUCAUCCUCAUCUUCGACAGCUCGCUAUUGAUACCAACAACAUGAACAACAUUAACAACGUCCUUGAUGCCAUUUGUCAUCUAUAUCAGCUUCAAUCAUUGAUCUUUGUCUAUCGGGAAUGGGAUUCAAACCAAAUGGAAAGCUUUUUUCACCAACUUGUCCAUGCGUGCCCUGAUUUAGCCAAGCUUUUGUUUACCUGCACCAAAGCGCCAUCGAUGGCUUCCAUGCUUGUCUUGAAGCAACUUGCGAAUCUGCAGCACAUUGGAAUUUUGAUGGAGACUUUGGAUGAGGACCAAGGCUUUUGGGAAGCUCUCAGCGCAUUAACACAACUGGAGCAUGUUGCAAUCAAUGGUUCCAAGGCAGCUAACAUGCAUGAAAUCCGCCGGCUCAAGGAGCGUAGACCUGAUUUGAAGAUCACCCUCGACUGA